GAGAACUCUAGAGCAAAUAUGCUCAAGCGGACAUGUUGAUUACAGCAGUGUUUUGAUACGUUUAGUUUGAGUGCGACUCGUUUUGUAACUGUUUGUUUAAAAAUACAGGGAGACGGAAAUCAGCUCUUGGCUCUCGUCUUUAAGCGAGCUGCUCCGGCCGCGUCUCCUGCUUUGGGAAUGUACCGGAGAGGGGCGAGUCAGAAGGAGCGGAGCGGAGCGGAGAGCGGCCCCCGCGCAGAGCUGCUCGUGUUCGGCUACGCGUGUAAACUGUUCCGCGACGACGAGCGGGCGAGCGAGCAUGAACGCGGAGCACAGCUCAUCCCGUGGAUGGGGGACAAGAGCCUCAUGAUCGAUAGGUACGAUGGCCGUGGUCAUUUACAUGACCUUUCGGAGUAUGAUGCAGGCUCGUGGAACCAGAACUACCAGCUGUCUGAAGAAGAGGCCAGGAUAGAAGCUCUGUGCGAUGAGGAGAGAUACCUGGCCCUGCACACUGACCUGCUGGAGGAGGAGGCCAGACAAGAAGAGGAAUAUAAGAGGCUAAGUGAGGCUUUGGCUGAUGAAGGAUCCUACAACGCAGUGGCUUUCCGCUACAGUGCUGACUACUACGACCCCUCCCAACCUACUGAAGAGGAGGAUGCCAGCAAAGACAACGACCCUGAACCUCAAGAGGAAGACUGUGAAGAGCCAUUUGUUGCACCUCCUGGCCUGAUCAUACCCCCUGAUGUGGAAUUGCCCGCGACCGUCAAGACUCAUGCCAUCAUUGAGCGUACUGCAAACUUUGUAUGCAAACAAGGAGCCCAGUUUGAGAUUGUGCUCAAGGCAAAGCAGGCUGGAAACUCUCAGUUUGACUUCCUGCGCUUCGACCAUUACCUGAACCCCUACUAUAAACAUAUUCUUCGAGCCAUGAAGGAGGGACGGUACACGCCUGCCAGUGACAGCAAGCAGGACCAGGCACAGGAAUCCAAAGCAGGAAAUUCUGAUGAUGAUGAUGAUGACGAUGACGAUGAUGGUGAUGGCAGCUAUCUCCACCCCAGUCUAUUUGCAACCAAGAAGAGUUCUUGUCUGGAGGAGAAAAUAAAGCCCCUACAGGUCAUGGACCCAGAUCACCCUUUGGCAGCACUAGUUCGCAAAGCCAAGCAAGAGAGGAAUGGGACCAUAGCCUUGACAGCUAAGCCAGAGGAAGAGGUUGCACCACCAGUGCAGCCCACACCAGCGGAUUACACCACUGAUCCUAACGUGGCUGCAAUGUAUUAUGGGUACUGUAUGCUCCCGGAUGGAACAUAUUGCCUGGCCCCACCACCACCUGGGAUUGAUGCCAGCGCCUACUACAGCACGAUGCCUGCUGGCAUGAUGCCAGCACACUCAGCGUCCGGAGCGCCUCCACCACCAGGCACCACUCCUCCUCCUCCUGACCCCUUGGCUGCUGUCCCGUCAGCCCCUGCUGCUGCUGCUGCUGCUGCUGCCGCCGCUGCCCCUGCCCCAGCCCCAGCCCCAGCCCCAGCCCUGGCCCCGGUGUCUGCUGCAGUCUCUCACUCUGCCCCUGCUGGUCUUCCCAGCACCAGCUCCAACCUUCCUCAGGCGAGCGUGUGUCAGCCAGUUGCAGCUCCGGCUGCAGCCAUCAUCCCCCCACCGCCAGACAUCCAGCCCGUUAUUGACAAACUGGCUGAGUAUGUGGCUCGAAAUGGAGUUAAGUUUGAGAGCAGCGUGCGUGCUAAGAAUGACCCACGGUUCGACUUCCUGCAGUCUUGGCACCAGUACAACACUUACUACGAGUUCAAAAAGCACUACUUCAUGCAGAAAGAAGGCCUAAGCCUGCCAGAGGGCUCUGGGGUGCGGAGCAGUGAUGGAGGCAGCACAGCUAACUGUUCCUCAGACAAACAGAGUAACGAGGGCAAACUCAUUAAAGCGUCCUUUGCGCCCAUCUGUUUUGCAAUAAAGUCCAAAGAGAACGACAUGCUGCCUCUGGAGAAGAACCGGGUGCGGCUAGACGACGACUCCGACGAGGAUAGGGAAAAAGAGGAGGAGCAGGAGGGGGCGGAGCAGGUCAUGCCGGGAAUGGAGGUGCAGAGAGAGGUUCCGCCUCCCCCACAGCCUGAGGAGAAGAAGCCCACGCUAUCUCUGGAGGAGCUGGAGGCUAAGCAAGCCAAGCAGAAGCUGGAGGACCGCUUGGCGGCAGCUGCGAGGGAGAAGCUGGCUCAGGCUUCCAAAGAGUCGAAGGAGAAGCAGCUCCAGGCCGAGCGCAAGAGGAAAGCAGCCCUGUUCCUGCAGACCCUGCGUGGCCCUGAGGCUGAGAUCAAACGAGCCGAUGAGCCCUCUGCUCCCACUGAGCCAGAAGUGCCCCUCCUGUCCAUGGGGACCAUCCCUCCCCACACAGUCCAGAUACCAGGCUUAGACCACCCAGCCCAAGAAGCAGCCCCGCUGAGAAGCACUGACCCUCCAGCCUCUCUCCUGCCCAUCUCCUCAUCAUCAUCUUCCUCUGCCUCUCGAGGCCUUGACAGAGAAAGAGAAAGAGACAGAGAUCGAGACAGAGACAGAGAUCGAGAUAGAGAUAGAGAUAGAGACAGAGACAGAGACAGAGACAGAGAUAGAGACAGAGAUAGAGACAGAGACAGAGACAAGAAGAAGAAGAAACACAAAAGAAGAUCUCGCUCCAGGUCCCGCUCCAGGUCCAAAACCAAGCACUCUUUACCCAGCGCAUACCGCUCCUACAGGAGGUCCAGGUCCCAGUCUCGCUCUCCCAACAGGAGAGAGCGCCAUGCUCACUCUUCAGAGAGACGCCGAGAGGAAAGAGAGCGCGAGCGCUACGGAAGUAAUGCUUACCGCAUUGGCAACAGUCCAGGACUGGGCAGGAAGCGCUCAAGGUCCAGAUCCAGGUCUCCGCAUGAAAAGAGGAAAAAGAAGAGCUCGAAAUCUCGGCAGGCUUCUUCCUGUUCACCUUCAGCUUCACCAAAAGGCUCCAGAUUUGGCACAAGCCCCUCCCCUGCCACUAGCCCUGCCUCCAGCAGGUCCAGGGAUGGUUCACAGGAAAAAGACAAGCAAGUCUCUUCCACCAUCGUUUCUUCAGUGCAAACCAAAAUCACUCAGGACCUGAUGGCUAAAGUGAGGGCGAUGCUGGCUGCUUCCAAGGGUCUGCAGUCCAACCCGUCCUGAGAGGCGCAGAGUGACCGAAGUGAACAGACGCUGCAAAAUGUUCCUGCCCCACCGCAAACUUGACCGUUCAGGAGCACCUUCUGUCCUUCACGAAUGCAGGGCUGGACUGCUGUGCUUUUAUCCCUUUAUGUAUGGCGAUUUGAAUCUUAUGUUUCCAAGUUGUUUAUUUUUUGCAAACCAGAUGAGCGUUAGCCACGGAGAGUCGCAUUGUUGUAAGAGCAAAGCUGGAGGACAUGCUGGAGCCCAAACAGGUGUACGACGAGCCAGGCAGCAGACUGUGGGAUUAUUCAUCCUUCUGCUCCAAAAAACUGUUUGUUUGUCUUCUUUUUUUCUUUUCUGCCAGAAGGUGCCACCAUAAAGAAAUCUCAGAGACAGGAAAUAAUUUAUUAAGCACCGUGCGUUCUACAAAAACAAAUUCGAACUUUCACCCAAAUUGAUGACAGAGCUCCUUCUUGUGUGAUAAUGCUUCUGCCAGAGGGGCAGUGUUAUAUCCUUCUGUGAAGGAUAAUGUUGUUUAUUUUCUCCCUCUCUCCUCUUUCUCUCCAGUCUGAGCUCUCCCUUCCAGCAAGGUUCAUUUUCUGCAGCCUUUGGCUGCCCUACAUUUUCCUCUGUUAUUUAGUUUUAAAUGAUGUGGCCUUCAUGUUCUGAGUUUGUACAGGGGAUUACUUUGCAUCUGCUUUGUAAAACACUGAACAGUAAUAAAUUCUGAGUUAUGAACUCCACGUGUCA